UUAUUUUGAAAACUGUGAGUGACCGGAAAAGGGAUUCGUCAUCCAUCCCGGAAGCGAGGACCAAACUAGCUAAGCUUGCAAAUUGAUGUGUCCACCAAUAUAGAAAAAGGAGGAUGAGCAGCUCAGAGGAGGUGUCCUGGAUAUCCUGGUUUUGUGGACUGAGAGGGAAUGAGUUUUUCUGUGAGGUCGAUGAAGACUACAUUCAGGACAAGUUCAACCUGACGGGUUUGAACGAGCAGGUACCUCACUAUCGCCAGGCCCUGGACAUGAUUCUUGACCUGGAGCCAGAUGAGGAACUUGAAGACAACCCCAAUCAGAGUGACCUGAUAGAGCAGGCAGCAGAGAUGCUCUACGGGCUCAUACAUGCACGUUACAUCCUGACAAACAGAGGCAUUGCACAGAUGUUGGAAAAGUAUCAACAAGGGGAUUUUGGUUAUUGCCCCAGAGUCUAUUGUGAGAAUCAGCCAAUGCUUCCUAUCGGUCUGUCAGACAUCCCCGGAGAAGCAAUGGUGAAGCUUUAUUGCCCAAAGUGCAUGGAUGUUUACACCCCCAAGUCCUCCAGACACCACCACACAGAUGGAGCCUAUUUUGGGACGGGGUUCCCCCACAUGCUGUUCAUGGUGCACCCAGAGUAUCGCCCGAAGCGACCAGCCAACCAGUUUGUGCCAAGGCUAUAUGGUUUCAAAAUCCACCCAAUGGCUUAUCAACUCCAACUUCAGGCUGCUUCAAGUUUCAAGAGCCCAGUCAAGACAAUUCGCUAGAACUCCGCUUUGAUGAACCCAGUGGACUCAAAAGACUUUUGUUUACUAUAUGUUUGAAGAUAUGGAUUAGAUAAUCCCAGUGAAUUCCUGUACAGUUCCCCAAACUCACCUGUGUUGAUAGAUUCAGACAUUUCAUGUCUUUAGUGAAACAGUUACAGAUGACCAGGUUAGUUUUCCCACAUACAACAUGUAAUUAUUCCAGAGGGUCAGAUGCCUGAUUCUUAAUAAUUGAUGUUAAUUCAUCUUUCACAUUUCUGAGAGAGAAAAGUGGCUUUAACUCUGAUAAUGAAGGCUACAGAGUGCUUUGUGGCUCAAUUGCAGAGGAUUGAAUGUACCAGGAAAUCUUGCCACCAGCCCAUGACAGGUUUGCCUUAUCUGCGAUACAGUCAGUCAUUUAAUUGCAUCAAACAUGAACUUCCUCUGCAGAAUAGAUGUUGGAAAUCUGCAUAAGAUUUGAUUCUGUUAACACGAAGGAUUUUAUUUGAAAAUAGCAAUACAUGUAAAUGAGGUCAGGUGCUAUUUCCAAGAAACAACGAUACCAAAUUAAAGGUAGAAAGGACGAUCUUGUGUCAAAAAUGGA